ACUAUUUUCUUAAAGAGACUUCCUCCACUGCCAGAGAUCUUGAAUAGCCUCUUGGUCUUAAGGUUGAAGUGUGGUUCAGGGCCAGUGCAUAUUAGUGGACAGCACAUAGUAGCUGUGGAGGAAGAUGCAGAGUCAGAAGAUGAAGAGGAGGAGGAUGUGAAACUCUUAAGUAUAUCUGGAAAGCGGUCUGCCCCUGGAGGUGGUAGCAAGGUUCCACAGAAAAAAGUAAAACUUGCUGCUGAUGAAGAUGAUGAUGAUGAUGAUGAAGAUGAUGAUGAUGAUGAUGAUUUUGAUGAUGAGGACGCUGAAGAAAAAGCACCAGUGAAGAAAUCUGUACGAGAUACUCCAGCCAAAAAUGCACAAAGGUCAAAUCAGAAUGGAAAAGACUCAAAACCAUCAUCAACACCAAGAUCAAAAGGACAAGAAUCCUUCAAAAAACAGGAAAAAACUCCUAAAACACCAAAAGGACCUAGUUCUGUAGAAGAUAUUAAAGCAGGAUGUUUUACUUCUAAACCUAAGCUGAGUAAAGAGAAUCUCUUUUCUGGUCUGAGAACUACAGGGUAUGAGUCUCCAGGGGAACCAUUUUGUGACAGUGAGGCUAUCAUGCAGAGAGCAGCAUGA